GGGCCAGCCCGCAACCAAACCAACACAUUUUAUACUCGUGUUCGGGCAUAUAUAUUUUAUAAACAAAUAUUAAAUAUAUAUAUAAAUAAAUAUACAUAUAAAAAAAAAUUUUAACUUUAAAUAAAAUAUAUAUACAUAUAUUUUUUACCACCAAAAUUUAAAUAACGAGUAGCCAUAAGUGUUUUUCAAUAACGACACCGUUUAUGUCGGCGACAACGCCGGGUAUUUUAUUUAUUAUUUUCAAAAUUUACUUGAGUGCGGACUACUGGAGUUAAGUGUGCGUUUAUUAUGUAGUGACAAUAGUGAAAAUAAAUUUAUAUUUUGUUUUGGAGCAGACGCUAUUCUGAUAACGUGCGUGUCUACUUUUAUUUAUUUAGUAAAAAAAAAUUACAAUUCACUCGUGUAAUAUCGUGAUGCGGGAGACACGCUCUCGUUAUUACUGCUGUUACUCGCGUGAAUUAAACAAGAUAAUUAAAUAUGCGUGACAAUUAUUGGCCGAUGAUGACGAGGGAUCAAUGAAUUAUUGAUAACAAACAAAACGUACAAAUCAACAGCCUUCUAAGCUAUAAUAACCUCAAGUGAUUUAUAUUUUCUUACGAAGUGCGAAUGACAAAUUAAUUAGUCUCUAUAUUGUCUACGUAAAUAAUUCUCGAGCUUAGGAAUAAAAAGACUUGUUUAUUAUUAAUUUUGUUGGAUAAAUUUAAAUAAUCAAGAGACGAAAAUUAAAAUAAAGAUAACUAAAGAAGCCGUAGUUUAUUCUAGUGUAAAAAAAAAUAUAUCUGAUACCUACAAAAAAAAAAAAAAAAACAAGUCCGCCAGUGCCAAAUCCAAGGAUUAAAAUUAAAAUUAAAGUGCAAGUUAUUGUUGAAUUAAAAAUUUAGAAGAAGAAUUAUUUAAAGUAAAUUGUGAGCAAGUGACAUACGGCGUAACGCAAACCAUAAACCAAAGAAUCAACCAUUUUUUUACAAAUCAACGACGUACAUAACGAGCUAGCAGUAGCUGAACUUGAACCUGAAAAAAAUAAUUUAAAAAAUAUAUUUCUAAGCACUGACUUCCGUUGACUGUUGCUAAACAACUGGAGCCAGAGUAACAAAUUUAUAAAAUAAUGAAGUUAGAGUAUAUAAAUUAAUAGUUAAACCUUUUAAGUAUUUUACAUAUAAAAAAAAAAAAAAAAAAAACAAAAAAAAAAUAAACGGAGUAAAUAAAACGAAUUUUUAAAAUUUUCGCUCAGGAAUAAAAAUAAAUUUAUAAUUAAAUAAACUUUUUAAAUACGUACGGGAACCAAUCUACUUCAGCUCGUAGCCUAAACCUGUCGAGUACAAAAAACUAAGAUACAAAAAAAAAAUUAAUUAAUUUUACAAAAAAAAAAAAAAAAAGCUAAAGGAAGCUAGCCAACGUGAAGCUCAACAAAUGUGCGGAAGUUAAAAUAAAAGAAAUCUAAAUUCAGAUAAUUAGCCUUGAGAAUUCGUGAUCACAUCAUCAUCAUUAGCAUCAAAGUACAAUCAUUUCCAUAAAUAAAUUUAGUAAAUUUACGUAGACUAGUACGUCAAUAAUUGAGAUUUUAAAAUAAAUAAUUGAGUUAUUGAAUAAAGUUGAUAAAUAAAUAAAUAAUAAUAAUCGAAGGAGCGGAUGAAUAACCAGAAGAUGCGUCGGAGAAGAUGAGCGCAGAAGUUAAAAAGGAGGGUAUCGCCCCGGAGAGGGUGAGCCCCCCGAGUGCGCUUGCUGUUUCACCGGGUAACAUUGGGCCUGGUGAUCCGAAUCGACAUCUCCCGCCAUUCAGCAGUUUUUCUGGUGACGUUAGUAUGGAUAGUGGAAAUACUUUGACAGCUUUGCAUAGCCAGGACAUAAGUUUGGGCCUGAUGUCACCCUGGGAAUACUACGAAGGGCUCUCGGGCAGACUGAUGGACCCGAAGGGCGAAGUGGUUUUCGCGGGUCAAUAUCGCCCAUGGGAGUCGAAACACGGUAAUAUUAUUGGACUAAAUAGCGAAGGAUUGCCGAGUUUCGCGAGUCAGUUCGCGCCACCAAGUGAAUCAGAGCCACAGUUAACGGCUCUUACACCCUUGUCGCCGGCCUCAAUGUCACAUUCGCCGCCAGUGACUUCCGCGGUCGGGUUGCCGAGUUUCCACACGCUUGGUUCACCUUUGCCACCUCCCCCGCAUGCGCAUCCUCGUGGGACGGUCGGCUAUCCGUUAGUCCCUGCUCCUGUGCAAGCACGAGAGGUCCCAGCGCUGCAGCAGCAACUACUUGAUGAGAGACACAUCCAGCUGCUGGGCUCAAGUCCCGUGCAGAGCUUCCAGGCCCCACCUGGGCACCCGCAUCACGCUGUGUUGACGGUCGUGAAGCAGGAUUACCCUCAACUGCAUCACACCAACUUCCAGAACCCGAUGUCCACGGUCCUCGAUUCGUCGCCGACUUCCCGUGUAACCGGAGUCGACGGUAGGAAAAAAGAACGCAGAAAAAUUCGAGCUGGUUCCAUGGAAAGCGAAGAUGGCAGCGGGAAUGUCGAGAGCUCUGGUCAAGUUGCCGCUGUAUCCUCGACUGGGAAUCGCGGUCCCCAUGGACAUCUCGGAGGUGGUAUUGGUGAUACUGACGGCGACAAUGGGUUGGGUGAUAAGCCUGCUAAGAAAAAACGCAAGCGGUGUGGAGAGUGUAUUGGUUGCCAGAGAAAAGACAAUUGUGGAGACUGUGCGCCAUGCAGAAACGACAAGAGUCAUCAGAUUUGUAAAAUGAGACGGUGUGAAAAACUUACGGAAAAAAAGCAUUUAUAUCAUUUACAAACCGGUGAUGGUACUUUUAGAGAAAGAGGUAGAGGUCGAGGAAAAGGUGCAACAAGAAGUUAUAGAAAAAUAGCGAGACAAGUGAGCACUCCAGACAGCGCGCCGGCAGGUCUAGGAAGCCCGCAAGCAGGAAUAGGAGGCCUUCAGCAGCAUCAACCUCAGCAGCAGCAACCUCAGCAACAGCCUUUGCACACAGACCCCAUGCAGCAGACAAAGGACAAUUUAAACUCCGCGAGUCAGCAAACUGGCGCUCUUAGGAACGGAAAUCCUCCGCCGCCAGUUGUUUCUAUGUCACCUGGAGUGAUGCCGUUUUACGGUGACAGUAGUGCUGGAUUCCGACCAACUGCUGGUUUUAGUAAUACCGUAUGGCACCAGGGUGUUACACCCGUGGGUGCAGUCACCGUGGAAGCAACAACCGCGACAUGGCCACCACAACAAUUUAUUCAACAGAUACCUGCGCCAAAUCAACUCGAUGAAUUGAGGUAUCAUACACAGUACAGUGCCGCGACGCCAUACCAUCCUCAACCAGUGGCAUAUCAGCAACAAGCAUUCAUCGCGACAGAUCAAUCAGCAUUUCAGCGUGCGGGUAGCGCAGGACAAUACGGAAUCCCCGGACAGCCGUCCCCACUGGCACCGGUAGCGCCCCAAACAGGAGCCGCGCCGCCUCAGCGUUCGCUUAAUGGUCAAUUCAUGGACCCCGCGGCGACACCGGGACAGCCGAUAGGCUUCGAGACCCGUCAAGAAUACGUCAACGGGUAUCAGCAGCAGGAUGUGACAAUGGCUCCGCCGCCCUCGACGACGCCAACAAGUCGCAGUAGUUCUGUACACAUGGACUCACAACAACAACAACAACAACAGCAACAGAAACAACAACAGCAACAACAACAGCAGCAACAACAGCAACAACAACCGCCACAACAGCAGCCACAGCCGCCAACAGACACACAAGUUAAGGGGUUUGCAACUAUAGCCCCGACAAAUGUGUCGGGAAACGAGAUGCCUGGGUAUCCACUUCAACCGGACCCACAGAGUUCACACAACUCUAACGGAUAUCCAGGCUACGUGGAAAUGGGUCAAUCUACUCAGCAACAACCCCAACAACCCCAACAACCUCAACAACCUCAACAACAAGCACAGCAACCUCAGCAACAGAAUCAGUGGCAGCAUCUUCAAAAUGUCCCCAGACAGCCUGCGGUUUCGGAUGCAAGCCAAGCGCACUUGUGGUCAGACACUAGCUCCAAUGCCAAGAUGAACAACGUCAAUGACUUAACUUGGUCAGACAGCCGCAUUCAGCAGCAGCACAUCAAGAAUGAGCCGAAUGUUAUUCAGAACCAAGACAUGUCACGACCCGCGAGUCACAUGAGUUGGGACAGUGCUCGCGAGCAUCCGCAGACUCCGCAAUCUUGGAGCGAGGCGGAUAAUCAGCAGCAAAACUGGCCCCAACAGAGUCAGAAGAACCCGAGACUGACGCCUUCGCAACACCAACCGCAGCAGUGGCCCCAACACUCGCCUAAAAUGGUCGAUCUUCCGAGUCCCGCGCAGCAGAAUCCCCGCAUGACUCCGGUUUCAAACCAAACUUGGCAAGCUAGUCCUGAGCUUCAGAAUCAGAACGGGCAUCCCAAUCCCCGACUGACUCCGCAACAUCAGCAGCAGCAACAGCAGUCCCAGCAACAGCAACAGCAACAGUGGCAGCAGCAGCAGACCAAAAUAGAAACGAAUCCGCGAUUGACACCGUCUAAUCAAAUGUCCUGGCCGGACACGCCUACUAGUCAGCCGAAUUGGUCUCCGAGCAGCAUGAAAAGCGACGGUAGUCAGCAGCAGCCUCAACAAACUUGGGCAGACUCUCAGCCCAGCCCGAGACGGACUCCGAGCCAUCAGCCAGCCUGGCCUCAGAACCCAAAUUCCAACCCCAAUACUCAUUCUAACCCCAACCCGAACUCCAAUCCCAACCCUCAAGAUAAAAUUGAUAGCCAAAUAACAAACUGGUCGCCGAAUUCAGGGUCUUCUGAAAAUCCCUCCUGGGCUCAGCAAACUAGCAAGCAGGACAUUCAGAAUUCCGGGGAGCGGAUUCUCUGGAGCAACGACAAGUCCAAUGGCUUCAAUAACGACAAUCAGGACCAAUCUAACCGGUCGAACUUAAACAGUCGCCUGAAAUCGAUGAUUCUGAAUAAACAGCAGCAGCAGCAGCAGCAGAUGCAGCAUCAAAUGCAUCCCAUGGGGAAUCCCAAUGGCUCCAGCGAUUACUCCACCGACGACAGGAUCCGAGAGUCUCACGAAAACUCAAAUAACGACAACAAGCCCCACGAUAAAAGGUCCACUUCAGAGUAUGUCCAACAAUCUAAUAUGAUUUCCAUGCCCCAGAGUAACGACUCCAUUACCGGUAAUUUUUUAUUGCAUAGCCACCACCACCGGGCCGAUAGUUUGCCCGGCGGUGGUGGCUUAUGGGAGUGGACUGGAGGAGGAAUUCAUCACAACAAUAAUAUUAAUAAUAAUAAUAAUAAUUUAAAUAAUGUUAAUGAUAAUAAUACUAAUAAUAAUAAUAUUAAUAAUAAUAAUACUAAUAUUAAUAAUAAUAAUAGUGUUAACCCGGAAAUAUUACCAGAAACCGGGAUAACAGCUAUACAAAAUUUUAUCAAGUACAAUGAGAAGAAAAUUCAGGAUAAGACGGCUAGUGUAUGGGACAGUACGAUCGGUGUCGAUAAAAAUAGUGAUAAUAAAUUAUUCCAUCAAAGUCUUGGUAUUUUAAACGACAGUAAUGAUAAGAAACCCGAAGAGACUGGUGUCUGUAUGAACGACGGUAAGAGUAACGAUUACUAUGCUAGAGAGGUAGAGAAAAAUUUGCUAGAGCGUCGUAACGACGGACUUGUUACUGUAGCUAGCGAGGAUAACAAUCAGUCGAAAACGAUAAGCAACGUAAUUUAUAAUCCAAGUCAGAUAAAGCAGGAAGUAGUAGAUUACAAUUGUCCGAGUGAUAAUAAUACGAAUGAGGAUCGCGGUGAAGGAGAAGGAAGUCUUCCGAUUAUUAUAAAAACAGAGCCCGGCGAGGAGAUGAUUGACAAGAACGAGUACAAAUUUCGUGGGGACGGAGGUCCGGUUAAGAUAGUAACAGGUGGCGGGUCCUGGUGCUGCAGGAGAGGCGGAACCGAUCAGCCGAGCGAGGAACAUUUGCGCGAUGGCUGCUGCCAGGGUUUGCAGACCAAGGACGAGAUAAUAGAGGACUCGGAGGAAAAGCAGGAUGACCUUAAAAUGGAAGAGAGCAAGAGCGAUCCAGCAUCAACAACUGGAACUACAACAACUACUGGAACUACAACUGAAGCUGUUAAUCCAACUGCAAUUACAACUGCAACAGCAACUGCAAUCACAACUACUACAGCUACAGCUACAACUGGCACGACCGUAACUGAGACAGCCAGUGUGGGAACUUGCACUAGCGGAGGUGGUAAACCGGCGCAAGAUGUCGACAAGAGCAAGAACAAUAUGCGGAGCGAAGUACCCGACUGCGACUGCUUUCCGCCAGAUAAAUGUCCGCCGGAGCCUGGAUCGUACUACACGCAUCUGGGGGCCGCAGCCAGUCUUCCAGAUCUAAGAAACGAUCUUGAAAGGAGGACCGGGUUGAAGGGCAGCGCGAUACGAUUUGAGAAGGUAGUUUACACGGGAAAGGAGGGAAAAACAACUCAGGGAUGUCCGAUGGCUAAAUGGAUUCUUCGACGGUCGGGAGUGGAGGAGAAAAUAUUGUCGAUCGUGAAGCACCGGCAGGGGCACAAGUGCGCUACCGCGUGGAUUGUAGUCGUGAUGGUGGCGUGGGAGGGUGUGCCGACCCACGAGGCUGAUCGCAUUUACUCGCUACUCACUCACAAACUAAAUCGAUUCGGUCUUCCAACGACACGUAGAUGCGGGACGAACGAACCGCGAACUUGUGCCUGUCAAGGUCUCGAUCCGGACACCUGUGGUGCGAGCUAUUCAUUCGGGUGCUCCUGGUCUAUGUACUACAACGGAUGUAAAUACGCUCGUAGUAAAACCGUUCGCAAGUUUCGCUUAUCCGUAAAGACUGAGGAACAAGAAGUCGAAGAGAGAAUGCAUGUACUGGCGACUCUUUUAUCGCCGUUGUACUUGAGCUUAGCACCGGAAGCGUUUAAUAACCAGACGCAGUUUGAACGCGAAGCCAGCGAGUGUCGCUUAGGAUUCAAACCUGGCAGACCUUUUUCGGGAGUUACUGCUUGCAUUGACUUUUGCGCUCACUCUCAUCGGGAUCUUCAUGAUAUGAAUAACGGUUGCACUGUCGUGGUUAGUUUGACGAAACAUCGGAAUCUUUCGAAACCGGAUGAUGAACAAUUGCACGUUCUACCUCUGUACGUCAUGGAUGAAACAGAUGAAUUCGGAUCGAAGGACGGACAGCAGGAAAAAAUAAAAUCUGGUGCUAUUGAAAGACUUUCCAAAUAUCCGUGUGAAGUACGAGUACGGUCAGUACCUUUGCAACCGUGUAGGCGUCACGGAAAAAAGCGCAAGGAAGACGAAACAGAUCCUGCGAGUACCAAAAAAGAAACAGCUAAAGAAAAAGCGGUUGAACGGCCGGCUUAUCAAGACCCCGCGCGAACUAUAAGAGAUCCGCAGCAGUUGUCACUGGAAAUGAGUCCGAUGUUUGAUGGCAUGGACGCGCAGCUCCAGAGCUCGCAGGUGUCGUCGACGGUUCUCGACAGCCCGGUGUCUAUGUACCAGGGCUGGGGCUAUCAAGGCGAUCAACAGUGGGCGCGGAACAAUUGGCUAGAGCAGCGAAAAAACAACUGGUUGAAUCCUUGGAGCGAGUACUCAUUCAGUGGAAUGGAACGCGAUAGUAAAGUAGAUCCGGACAGCACCAGUUUAGAUGAAACUCGGCCACGGAGUACGUAUUCGCAAGAAGAUCACCGCCCACGUUCUUGUAAUCUGCCCAAUUCAACACCAGACUCUCCGAUCAAUCGCGGCUACAAUCACUCCCCUCGUCAUCUGAUGUCACCGAGAAAUUCUUUGCCGCCUACUCCUGGAGAAGCCAGUUACGCAAGUCACACAUUGUCACCUCGUGCAUUGUCUACUCCACAUGAUCCUAAAAUGAUGUCACCGCGCAGUUCUGGAUAUCCAGCGCCAGGAACCCCGCAUACCGUUGAUUCAAAUUACAGUUUACCUUCUCCGUCUUACAACAAAAAUUAUCCCGGGUUUAAUGAUAAUAAUAAUAGACAGCCAAGUGUAUCACCACGUGGGUACUCGACUCCCCAUCCUCAACAACAUGAUCAACGUGCCUCACCGCGAGGUCAACAUACUCCUGGUCCAGAUGUUCAUAAUCAAGCGAUUCAACGUUUGUCAUCACCUCGCAAUGAUGUCCAUUAUUCUAAUAAUAAUAUUAAUAUCAAUAAUAAUAAUAACAAUAAUACUAAUAGUAAUAAUAAUAAUAAUAAUAAUAAUAAUAAUAAUAAUAAUAAUAAUAGUAAUAAUAAUAGUAAUAAUAACACGAGCUACAUGAAAAUACAGCAAAGACCGACAUCACCGAGAUCACGUAACCAAGAAUAUUACACCCGAUUAAAUCAACCAGUAAACCAACCACAAAAUUCGAGCUACAGAAACGAUUACCACGAAUUAAAUCCCGUUAGAACAAUGCAUCAGUCGCAAAUGUAUUCAUACCCACAACAUCAGUACGAAAAUUAUAAUUACAUGGAACAGAAGAAAGAACAAUUGCCUGCAGCGAAUAAUUGGAAUUCGGUCGAUAAAGCAGCUUCCGCGUGGCCCGAGCGAGUUCCACAGUCGGAGCACGCGAAAAAUCCGUGCAUCGAGAUGGCCGACCCAUCGCCAUUUCGUGUUCCAAAGGGCCGCCCACCGUCCAGGACAACACCAAACCAGAACCAGAACCAGAAUCAGAAUCAGAAUCAGAAUCAAAACCAGAAUCAGAAUCAGAACCCGUCCGAGAUUAAUUAUCAGAAUACGUUUACUCGCACUUUUCUUAAGCCCCAGGAGCCAAUUAAAUCCGACAAUUAUCACCAUGAUCCAUCGACAUUGCCAUCAAAUGCUCAAAGACCACCAUCUUACGGUCCUACUCCUGUUAGUAAAGAAGGCUAUGAACGACCUGUUGCUAAUACAAUGUGGGCAGAAGAAAUGAAGGCUCAAGAACUACAUGCGAUGUCUAAUUUGGGCCAUUCGUUUCCGCAGUAUCCUGGGUAUCCAAGUUACACGGGCUUUGAAAAAAGUUAUGCUAAUACCUGGGACGGUUAUAAUUAUCAAUAUCCAGCACAUCCGACACAUCCGCCACAUUCGUCGCAUUCACCACAUCCAGGGCAUCCAUCACAUCCAGGACAUUCAUCACAUCCAGGACAUUCAUCACAUCCAACGCAUCCACAACAUCCAGUGCAACCACAGCAUCCAGUACAUCCGCAGCAUCUACAGCAUCCGGUGCAUCCGCCACACGUGACGCAUCCGCCACACGUGACGCAUCCGCCACAUCCAACGCAUCCAAUUCAUCAAACACCAGAUUAUCAAACGCAAAUGUAUCAGCAAAAACGAGAACCUUAUUCUCCGCAGUAUCCUUAUCAGAACGUAACACCGCCCUACCAAGGAUUAAAUUCUGGUUGGAACAGAUGGGAAACUCCUCGCUGGGAUAUUUAUCCACCGCCAUCAUACUUUCCUGUAUUACCUGAGCCUCCUCCAAAAUCUGAACCUCUCGGAGAGGUCGCUGACUACUCAGACAACGAGGAAUGCUUCAAAGACGCCCAGCUAGGUGGCGUUGGAAUAGCUCUGGGCCACGGCAGCGUUUUAUUUGAGUGCGCGAAACACGAAUUGCACUCAACGACUGCACUGAAAAAACCCAACAGAGUGAACCCGACUCGCAUCAGCCUAGUCUUCUAUCAGCACCGAAACUUAAACAGGCCCAAGCACGGCUGGAGCGAGUGGGAAGAGAAGAUGAGGUUAAGAAAACUAGGAGUGACGACCACUACCACGAGCUCCUCAAUGUCCAACAGCAUUAACGAAACCAUAAAUGCGGUAGCUGCCGCCGACGGACCAAUCAGCGAAAUUUCCACUCCAACUCCAGCUCCAGUAACUGAUCCCGGAGUCACUGAAUCGCCUUCGGAAGCUGGCAUUGAAACAGAAAAACUGCUUCCACACAUAAACGUACCUAAUUCUCAGUUCAUGAUGCGCUCGCCGACUUACACCACCAUGACCUGGACUACUCUCUUCCCCAUGCAUCCCUGCAUGAUCACCGGACCCUACCAGGAAGGCGGCGCCAUUGGAUGAGCCUCCACUUCGAGCCUCAACGACUGCAAAUCUCUCAGCACAAAUGCGUAAUCCCGAAAGAUUAUAAAAAAAAACCAAAAAAGGUUUCAUUCCACUGCCAUAUUUUUUAUUCUACUCAAAUUUCGCGGGCUUUCCUUACAAUAAUAAUUUUUUGAAUAAACUAUCAUUAAAACUGUAUGAAGCAGCUCAAAUAUUAUCUCAAUUAACUUUCAAUAAAAUAUAUACAUACAUUUUUUUUACCAACACACUUUGCAAUCUCUUUGAUAAUAAAUUUUAAAAAUUUCAAUUGCACUUUUCAUCAGAGCAUAAAAUUUAUCUAUUUAUUUAUUUAUCAUGACUUUUAUUGACAAUAACAACCCUUUGGUCAUUUUAAUAAUCAAGUAAGCAAUAAAUUUAAAAAAAAAACUUUUGGCGGGCUUUUCAAAAUAUUUAAUUUAUAAUCUAGAAUAAAAAAAUACCAAAGUAAUAAUUGAAUAUUCUGAUAUCGAUUUAUCGGAUGCUGUAAGCGACUAAUCGAAUAUUUCAUUGAAAGUUAAUAAAUUUAUGACCAAAUAAAAAACUAAUUGCUAAGAAUAAAAAAAAUGGCCACGACUGCAUGAAAAAGACUUUGAUGGAAUUUAAAAGCACAGAGUAAAAUUAAUAAUUAUUAUUAAUUAAUAAUAAUAAAUAAUUAUAAUAAUAAUGAUAAUAAUAAUAAAUAAAAUGACUGUACAAUAAAAUGUGUAAAACUGUAUCUUAUUGACUAGUCGGUACAGUAAAGAACAAGUUCACGGAUACAUAUCUCAUUGUUUAUCUACCGCGAAUAAUUUUGAAGGUUCAAUAAUUAUAAUAAUAAUAAUAAUAAUAAUAAUAAUAAUAAUAAUAAUAAUAAUAAUAAUAAUAAUAAUAAUAAUAAUAUUAAUAAUAAUAAUAGGAGUGUGUACAAAUGCACACUAAUGGUGUACAGCGUAUGCCCUUCCUCAUAAUUAUAAUCAAUAAUUAAUAUAUAACAAUUAGUAAUAAUAAUAAUUGAUAAAUAAUCUAUUGGCUAUAUUAUGAUCUAUUUAACGUGUUGGCGUAAUUGAAGAGUUGAUAAAAAAAUAAAACAAAAAAAAAUUGUAGCAACAAAAAAAAAUGUUGUUGAUUAGUUGUUACGGUAACUGCACAAUUGAUGACGCACUUUUGAUUAUUUAAAGGAAAACUGAAGAAAUAAAUCAGUAAAAUCAUUAUAAUUAAUAAUUAUAACAAAUAGUUUAAUAAUAAUAAUAAUAAUAAUAAUAAUAAUAAUAAUAAUGAUAAUAAUGAUAAUAAUGAUAAUGGUAAUGAUAUAAAUUAUAAUAAAUAAUAAAUAAAUCAUGAACACGAAGAAAUAAUGAAAUGAUCUCAACGUUUAAAAUUAUAAAAUAAUUUCUUAUUAUUUAAAACAAAUCUUUGUACAUUUUUUCGCUUCUUUAAUAUUUAUUUAACGCACUUUGCACUUGCCACCGUACUGAAUCUAUAUUAAUUAAUUAAUUAAUUUUUGUUUUUAACUAACCACUCGCGUCAGGCGACUGAGUACAAAUUUUAUUAUUUCUUUUCUAACCGAUCGUUAUUAAAUAUUGGCAUUUAUUUGUAAAUUUUUUUAAUUAUUAUUAUUAUAAUUAUAAUUAUAAUUUAUUUUGAAAACCAGGUAUCAGAUGAAUUUAAGAAAAUUUGAAUUUUUUUGUAAAUACUUUCAUCGUUUUAUUUUUCUAUA